CCGCUACCAGAUCUCUGCAAAUACACAAACCCUAAGAAGAAAAAGAAUCAUCAUUUGAGAUCCUAAUCAUGGCCGACGAAGCAAAAGCAAAAGGCAACGCUGCCUUUUCCGCCGGGAAUUACACAGAAGCAAUCCGUCACUUUUCCGAAGCAAUUACCCAUGCUCCAGAUAAUCACGUCCUUUAUUCAAAUCGAUCAGCGGCAUACGCUUCCUUAGGUCAAUAUUCCGAUGCAUUAACCGAUGCCGAGAAGACCGUCGAAUUGAAGCCGGAUUGGUCUAAGGGAUAUUCUCGUCUUGGUGCUGCUUAUUCUGGCCUCAACCGCUACGAUGAAGCUGUUGAUUCGUAUCAAAAAGGUCUAGAUAUUGAUCCGAAUAAUGAUGCACUUAAGUCUGGCCUUGCAGAUGCUAAAUCAGCUAACGUUAGGUCUCGUGGUCCGUCUCCUUCGUCUUCAUCUUCGUCGUCUCCUUUUGGAAAUAUUUUCUCCGGUCCGGAGUUAUGGGCGAAGCUUACAGCUGAUCCUAUAACCAGGGGUUAUAUGCAACAGCCUGAUUUUGUUAAGAUGAUGCAGGAUAUUCAGAAGAACCCUAACAAUUUGAAUCUGUAUUUGAAGGAUCAAAGAGUUAUGCAAGCUUUGGGUACUCUAUUAAAUGUGAAGAUCUCUACACCAAACGGAGCAGGUGAUAUGGAUAUGCCAGAUUUCCCACCGCCGCCUGAGAGAAAGAAGCCGUCCGAGACAGAUUUACCGAAGAAGAAAGAUCCUGAACCAGAGCCAAUGGAAACAGAGACGGCCGAGGAAAGAGAGGCAAAAGAGAAGAAAUCACAAGCGCAGAAGGAGAAGGAAGCUGGUAAUGCAGCUUACAAGAAGAAAGAUUUUGAGACUGCAAUUCAACAUUACACCAAAGCUCUUGAAUUGGAUGAUGAAGAUAUUUCUUACCUUACAAACAGAGCAGCUGUAUACUUGGAGAUGGGCAAGUAUGAAGAAUGUAUUAGUGACUGUGAUAAAGCAGUUGAAAGAGGUAGAGAACUAAGAUCAGAUUAUAAGAUGGUUGCAAGGGCUUUAACUAGAAAAGGAUCAGCCUUGGUAAAAAUGGCCAAAUGUUCAACAGAUUAUGAUCCUGCCAUUGAGACAUUUCAAAAAGCUCUAACUGAACAUAGAAAUCCAGACACAUUGAAGAAACUGAAUGAAGCAGAGAAAGCAAAGAAAGAGUUAGAACAACAGGAGUAUUUAGACCCACAACUAGCUGAUGAAGAACGUGAGAAAGGUAAUGAGUAUUUCAAACAACAGAAAUACCCGGAAGCUAUUAAGCAUUAUACAGAGGCUAUAAGAAGGAAUCCAAAGGAUCAUCGGGCAUACAGUAACAGAGCUGCCAGUUAUACAAAACUUGGGGCAAUGCCUGAAGGGUUGAAAGAUGCAGAGAAAUGCAUUGAUCUUGAUCCAACCUUUACUAAAGGAUACAGUAGAAAAGGGGCGGUUCAAUUCUUCAUGAAGGAGUAUGACAAAGCUUUGGAGACUUAUCAAGCAGGAUUAAAGCAUGAGCCUAAUAAUCAAGAGUUAUUGGAUGGUGUAAGGAGAUGUAUUGAGCAGAUUAACAAGGCAAACCGUGGCGAUUUGACCCCCGAGGAGAUAAAGGAGAGACAGGCCAAGGGAAUGCAGGAUCCAGAAAUUCAGAAUAUCUUGUCUGAUCCCAUUAUGAGACAGGUAUUGGUGGAUUUCCAGGAAAACCCAAAGGCUGCUCAGGAUCAUAUGAAGAACCCUCUUGUGAUGAACAAGAUUCAAAAAUUGGUCAGUGCUGGCAUAGUUCAAGUCAAAUAAACCAACCAGGGUUGUUGUGGUUACUGGUUAUAGCAUCUUCAAUUCCAUGUUUAUUCUCCUUAUUGGUUCUGCUUUUCAUGUUUAUGCAAAUGUAUCAGGUUGGUUGGUUGGUUGGUUAAAAGAAAAAUGUUAAAAUUUCUAUUAUUUUUGAUUUGAAAUCCAAACUUUUGUUAUUUUAAGAAGUGGGCAGGUUUUGUUGCA